UUGGAGUGAGGAAGUAACUGUUUGACACUUGACAAGGAUCAUUCCAGUGAAAAGAAACUUACCCAAAUCUCCCUCCUCUUCUGACAAACAAAAAUUCCAAUUUCUAAAUCUUGAAAACUCAUCAACUUCCAUUUUUUUCACUAUGAGACAAAGAAAGAAUCUUGAUACUUCAUCAACUGAUAACAAUACCACCAAUAACAACCCCAAAACUUCCAAAAACAACAAAUUCACACCCCCUUUAUUGAAAAAAGUAUUUUUUCUUUGUUUGUUUUUUAGAUUUGUUAAUGCUUUAUUGGUUCAAACAUAUUUUAAUCCAGAUGAACAUUGGCAAGCCCUUGAAGUUGCACAUCAAAUCACUUUUGGAUAUGGACAUUUGACAUGGGAAUGGGAAAAGGGUAUAAGGAGUUAUUUGCAUCCAGUGAUAUUUGCUGCUUUGUAUAAAGUUCUUGCCUUUUUUCAUCUUGACAAACCUUGGUUCAUGAUAAGGACUCCACGAUUGCUACAGUCAAUUUUUUCAGCUUUCGGGGACCUCUAUUUGUUUAAGCUCUCUCAAGAGAUAUUUGGUGACCGUGUUGCGAAGUUCACGCUUUUUGCCCAGUUGACAAACUGGUUCAUGUUUUUCUGUAUCACGCGUACUUUAUCCAAUAGUCUGGAGACUGUUCUUACUAUUGUGAGCCUGUACUACUGGCCUUGCAUUAGACCAUCUUCUAGUAAAAUUUCUCGGGGGUCAAGAAAAUGGGCUUUAGCUAUAGCUGCAUUCGCAUGUGCAAUCCGACCUACAAGUGCCAUUACAUGGAUCUAUAUUGGUUUCCUAGAGCUGUACCUGACACGGGAUAGGCUGAAAUUUGUUCUUCUUGAGGUGAUUCCUAUUGGGACAUUAAUUCUGGGAUUCACUUUUCUGGUGGAUCGCUGGAUGUAUGGGACUUGGGUUCUCGUGCCUUUGAACUUUCUGAAGUUCAAUUUUCUCUCUUCUGGUGGAGACUACUAUGGAACUCAUGUGUGGCAUUGGUACUUCACUCAGGGUUUUACAGUUAUGGUCUUCACAUUCUUACCGUUUUCGCUUGCUGGCAUUUUCAAGUCUAAGCAGUGGAAGCUAUCUGGUCUAGUUGCAUGGAGUUUGGCAGUUUAUAGCUUGUUGGGUCACAAAGAGUUCAGGUUCGUCCUCCCUGUGCUUCCAAUUGCUUUAAUGUUUUCUGGCUACUGGUUGGCAACAAUUGGAGAGCCCGAUAAGUCUAAUGGUCGAGGUAAAAGAUCUCCAAGCACUUAUGGCAGAUGCUCAACAAAAUUGCAACUGGCCAUCCUGUUCCUAGCAGUUAGUAAUAUUCCAAUGGCAUUUUACAUGAGUAUGGUUCAUCAGAGAGGGACAGAGGAUGUGAUGAACUAUCUCUCUGGAGAGGCGUACAAUGGGAAAGUGAAAAGCAUCGUUUUCUUUACACCGUGUCAUGCCACACCUUACUACUCAACUCUUCACCGUAACAUUUCCAUGCGUUUCUUAGAUUGCACGCCAAGUGAAGAUAAAGGCGCUCUAGACGAGUCUGAUCGGUUCCUGGUGGAUCCAGCUGGUUUUGCAACAGAAUUUGCUAAGAACUGGUCUAUACCUAGCCACAUUGUGCUCUUUGACUCACAGGAAAAACUACUAAAGGACUUCCUAGCUUUGCAUAAUUUUGAAGAGAUAAAAAGGUUCUUCCAUGCUCACUUCAAGGUGGAUCGAGAACUUCAGGCAUCUGUUGCAGUGUACACACGGAAAGAAGGCCAGUGAUUCUGUCCUUGAUGAGCAAAAUAGAAUCUACAAAUUUUGUUUACUUUUCUUUAACUGCUUUAGGUGUAAAUGCUUUCUAGUAUCAUUUGCCUUUCGGUUUAUAUUUCUAUUCUUUUUUCUUUUGUUCCUAGAGAGAAUGAUUCGAGUUUCAGCUAUUUAGCGGAAAUUUUGUUUUAAAUUAAGUUCUGUCAGAAACACCAAAGGAAAAGGCAGGAAAUAUAUGGAAAGAAGAAAUGAUAAUUUUGACUCAGCGA